GCACUGGGCGCUGGUGGUUGCAUUUCGAAUCCCAGGUGCCCAGCAUAGGUGAGUUGAGUACAAGGCUCAGGAAACAGUUAUUGAGUGAAUGAAUGGCCCAGGCAAGGUGAGGCCUGAACUCAGACCAGGACAGGGGGCCGGAAAAGAGGAGCAGGGUGCCGGAAGUCACUGUGCUUGGCUGCUGUGGCAACUCAUCGGUUGGAGAAGUCUAAGAUGCUAGGGGGUCUGGGGACCCUAGUAGUACCAUAGUAGCAGGAAGAAGUGAAAGCAGUGGGAGCAGCACGUUUUGUAGGAUGGUGAAAGACAGAUGUGGAGAGGUUGGCAUGGCAAUGACUUCACUGCUUGGAGCUGGUUUGCAUCUGAGUAAAAGCAUAAGUGAGUUUAAAUGUCCCAGAAUUGGUGUCCAUUAAAUCAUCCCAUAAUUGAGAACAGAAAAGGAGAUUACAGAAGACACAGAUGGCCAAGUCUAUACCAGUUCACAAGCCACCCAGGAGUUUUUCUCUCCAGUGUCAGUGGAAGCUGAUGGAGAAUCGAGGUCUGGACCCAGGGACUCGGGACUCCUAUGGUGCCACCAGCCACCUCCCCAACAAGGGGGCCCUGGCAAAAGCCAAGAACAACUUCAAAGACCUGAUGUCCAAGCUGACAGAGGGCCAGUAUGUGCUGUGCCGGUGGACAGAUGGACUGUAUUAUCUCGGGAAGAUCAAGAGGGUCAGCAGUUCUAAGCAGAGCUGCCUUGUAACUUUUGAAGAUAACUCCAAAUACUGGGUCUUGUGGAAGGACAUACAGCAUGCUGGUGUUCCAGGAGAGGAACCCAAGUGCAACAUCUGCCUGGGGAAGACAUCAGGACCACUGAAUGAGAUCCUCAUCUGUGGGAAGUGUGGCCUGGGUUACCACCAGCAGUGCCACAUCCCCAUAGCGGGCAGUGCCGACCGGCCCCUGCUCACACCUUGGUUCUGCCGACGCUGCAUCUUUGCGCUGGCUGUGCGGAAAGGCGGCGCGCUGAAGAAGGGCGCCAUCGCCAGGACCCUGCAGGCUGUGAAGAUGGUGCUGUCCUACCAGCCCGAGGAGCUGGAGUGGGACUCGCCCCACCGCACCAACCAGCAGCAAUGCUACUGCUACUGCGGCGGGCCGGGAGAAUGGUACCUGCGGAUGCUGCAGUGUUACCGGUGCAGGCAGUGGUUCCACGAGGCCUGCACCCAGUGUCUCAAUGAGCCCAUGAUGUUCGGAGACCGGUUCUACCUGUUUUUCUGCUCCGUGUGCAACCAGGGCCCAGAGUACAUCGAGAGGUUGCCCCUGCGAUGGGUCGAUGUGGUUCACCUGGCCCUCUACAACCUCGGGGUGCAGAGCAAGAAGAAGUACUUUGACUUUGAGGAGAUUCUGGCCUUUGUCAACCACCACUGGGAGCUCCUGCAGCUUGGCAAGCUCACCAGCACCCCCGUGACGGACCGAGGACCACAUCUCCUCAACGCUCUGAACAGUUACAAAAGCCGGUUCCUCUGCGGCAAGGAGAUCAAGAAGAAGAAGUGCAUCUUCCGCCUGCGCAUCCGCGUCCCGCCCAACCCCCCCGGGAAGCUGCUGCCCGACAAGGGCCUGGUGCCCACUGAGAACGGCGCCUCUGAGCUGCGUAAGAGAGGAAAGAGCAAGCCUGGUUUGUUGCCUCAUGAAUUCCAGCAGCAGAAAAGGCGAGUUUAUAGAAGAAAAAGAUCAAAGUUUUUGCUGGAAGAUGCUAUCCCCAGUAGUGACUUUACUUCGGCCUGGAGCACCAACCACCACCUGGCCAGCAUAUUCGAUUUCACGCUGGAUGAGAUACAGAGUUUAAAAAGUGCCAGCUCAGGCCAGACCUUCUUCUCCGACGUGGACUCCACUGAUGCCGCCAGCACCUCCGGCUCCGCUUCCACCAGCCUUUCCUAUGACUCCAGACGGACAGUGGGCAGCCGCAAGAGGAAGCUGGCAGCCAAAGCGUACCUGCCACUGCGGGCAAAGCGGCGGGCGGCCGAGCUGGGGGGACGCUGCCCCUCCGACAGCAGCGCAGAGGGGGCCUCAGGCCCCGAGCGACCCGACGAGGGCAUCGACAGCCACACGUUCGAGAGCAUCAGUGAAGACGACUCGUCCUUGUCCCACCUCAAGUCAUCCAUCACCAACUAUUUUGGCGCAGCCGGGCGGUUAGCCUGUGGGGAGAAGUACCAGUGAAAUAUCAGCUAUUGGGUACCAGGAGGAACUAGCUCUGGUUUCCUGGAAGGCGAAGAGGAAUGGUGAGACCCCAUCCUCUCUCUGGCCACCAUGCCACUCCUACCACCACCACAUUCUCUCAACAAUAUUCUCACCUUUGCCACCAGAAGGAUGUGGAACCUUUUUUCUCCCACCAAACUCCCCACUAUCACAAACAGGCUCCUCUGGACCUUUGGAAGGGGCUCAGCCUGAAGUCGCUACAAGGUCUUCAUGGAAGGGUCCUUGCAGAUCCUCCCUCAUUUUAUAUCUGGAGGAACUAAGGUCCAAGAGGCACAGAAGGUGUCAGAACCAGAGCCUGGCAACACCCUUCCCUCUUGAGAAGAAAGACCUAGGAUACCGCAGAUGUCUGUGGACUCCCACCCAAACUGCCCACGGUGUUCCCAGAGUGGAGUCACCUUGUGACAGAGCCAUGGAAGCAGCCUAGGUCAGGUCUCUCUUCUCACCCCACAGGGAUCUUCCCCGUGGAGAAGACACCUGUGGAGCAGGUUUAGGAGAGCACCAGACAGAGUGAGCAGCCUUGGCUAUCCUGUCUAUAACUCAACAUGCCACCCACUUUCUGGACCUCACUGCAGGUCAGUUUCCUUUCCUAUAAAAUGGAGACUGGCUUAGGCCACUGGUUUACAAACUUUUAACAACAGAAACUUAGCUCAAUACAUAAAAAUAAUAAAAGCACGGUUGCACUGGUGAAGUAUGAGUAGCCCCCAGGGUACCUUCUGUGAACCCCUGGGGUUCUGUGGAGCAAGUCUAAAAACACUUGUCUAGCAGUCUCCCUGGGUUCUUCCUACUUCAGGAUGCUCAGUUUCAAUGCUCAAGUGGAAAGGUUAGUAUGGUGGGCUCAAAACCCAUGCCUCCACUGAGCAAGGCACCAGAACCUUCUGAUGUCUGCCCCUUCAGGCUACGAAAGUCAAGACCUACUCCCAAUCCGUGAGGCUAUGUCUAAGCCCUAAUACUCCCCUAGUCCUACGUGCACUCAGGAAGCCCACUCCUAGUCCCACUUCCUCAGGACUCAGGAAUAACAAACACCAUCUUUAGCUAGAAGAGAGAAAAUCCUGCUUGUCCCUGAAAUUCCACCAUUAGCAAUUCAUGCUUUUGGAUAAAGCACUUCCAGUUCCCCUAGAAGGUGGCAUUCACCCCACACACUUCUGGGUGUCAGGUCAACAGGUCCAUUCCUCAUGAGAGGUAGGAGAGUAAUAACAUACUAGGCAUUCAAUAUAGGCUCAGUGAACGCAGAUGACAAACCUCACCUCACUGCCGCUUCCCCUUGGCCCCCAUACACAAGCACCCUCGCCCUCCC